AUGCUCAAAACUAACAUGAUAAGUGGCUCAAUAGAGUCAAUGAGUGUCGUUGAUACUGAUUCCGAUAUCAAUAAAGCAGAGAAAUCAUUCGUCGAAGAAAUGCGUCCGAAAAUGACUCUCACUUGGCAUGAUAUUUCAGUUGCGGACGCGGAGGAAACUGAAAAUGUGCCGAAACGUGGAAUUUUCCGGGCAUGUUGUCCACAAAAAGUCAGCGAUAUCGAGAAAUUGACAGUGGAAAGACGGAUUUUGGAUAAUGUAUUCGGAGUUGCUCGUCCUGGCGAAGUGACAGCGAUUAUCGGUCCAAGUGGUGCUGGAAAAACGACACUGCUCAAUGUGUUGACGAAGAGAAAUCUGGCGAAUUUGAAGACAACUGGAAGUGUGAAAGUGAGUAAAUUCAUCGGAUAG